AAUAAAUACAACUUUCGUCGCUUUGUUAGGCUACCGGUAGUUGGACUUUGUCGUUUCUGGUGUAGAACUAGCCUACGCGACUGGUCUUCUGUGGCUCAUAAUUUACUUUUCUCCUGCAGUUAUGCACCGCGGGGCUCCUUUUCUGGGUAUUCUAUUGGGGCUGGCCUCAAUGACUCUCCAAUGGUCAGAGCCGUAUGAGUCCGCUCGGUCAGUUGGGGUAUGUUCUGGACAAGAAUAUGUGUUCAUGCUCCCGCCAUCCAUGAGGCCUAAUCGAGUUUACAAGUAUCCCUUGAUAUUCCGCCGGCUUAGGCCUAAAGGACGGGAAAGGACGAUUGCUAAUGCAACCCAGAGUUUAGACCCUGCAUAUGGUUUCCGUGACAAUCGACCUUACAUACCAGAAGUUUCAAAGGAGUAUGAAGGGGAGUAUUAUUGGAAACACAUUUUGGGCAGGUAUAAGGAGAGACACAUUGAGCUGUAUGUUGAAGACUGCAGUGAAGAGAAAUGGGUGACCUACGGUAAGGAACUGAGGCUGAGUGUGCCAUAUUCGGCUGUGGUGUUGGAGUUUGAGCACAAUUCGAACCCCCCCAGCGUGGUCCUGUGGAGCAAGUUGAACGCUGGCUUAGAGAGAGGAGCCCGGGGCACGGUGAAGAGCGGCUAUUGGACGGCAGAGAGGGCGACUGCUGCUGAUGCAGGCAGGUACAGCUUCCUCAACUCCAGAGACGUCGUCUUCAGUGGCACUAGGUUCACUGUCGUGGCCUUGCGGGAACGCCUUCACAUGCCUGACGUCAUACCUGACUGGACACGGGACGUCCCCAUCCCUUUGCUUGAGGUUAAGGUGACGUAUGAUGGGAUGGUGCUCUUCAAAGAUGGCCUGGUGACUCCUGAGGCAUUCAAGGUCUUUGGGAACCGCAUACGACUCCAGGCUACUGACACAGGGUCAAAAUUCACCCUCAUGUCAGUGAGGACUAGUGACGCGGGACACUACGCCUUUAUCGACAGCAUAGACACUCUGGCUAUGGACUUGUCUCUGGAGGGAGAGUACACACAAGUGAAAAGGCAUGACCCGUACGCCGUGAUCAUUCCUAUCAGCAUAACGUUGGGGGUGCUGAUGGGUCUGACCAUCUGCUGCUGGACCUGCGGGAAGCUUAUCCCUGACCAGAAGGAAGAGGACGCAGCCACUUUGCCAGGCGAGGAAUCAAACAUCAUUGUCCAUGAGACUCUGGUGAUGCCUGGAACAGCCUCCCCUUUGCAACCCACUGCACCCUCCUCAGACAACAUUGAGCCUCCCCCUUCCGAUCCGUGGGCAAACAGCCCACCGCCUUACUUCUCUGUUGGAUCCACUUCAAAUAGGCCAGUGCCCCAGUCGCCAGUUUCUGAUCCUGCUCCCAGCUCAUAUCAGCCCCCUGCUCCCUACGUCCCAUAUCAGCCUUAUAUCCCUGACCCAGUUUCCAGCCUACCACCUUCCUAUGAUUCCUGUGUUACCCAUCAGCCGACUGACUCUGAUGCUCCCAGCUCAUAUGAACCGCCUGCUAGCUUAUAUGAGCCUCCUCCUCCCUACGUUCCAUAUCAGCCCCCAAGUGAAGCAACAGCAACAGCAGCAGGAGGAGCAGGUGACAUCAGUGUUUCGACUGCCCCAACUGUUGACCUGGAGUCCCAGUUCCAGCCGCGUGGCUGGGGAGGAGCCAUGGAUGACUUCCUGUCCAGCUCUGUGCUCUGUAUGGACUCCAACACCCCAGAGGGCGCCACAGCAGCAGGACGAGGAGGUGACAGCAGUGCCCCUACCUCCCCUCCUGCCCCUACCACCCGUGCUACCCCUACUGACCCCACUGUGGACCCGGAGUCCUUCCUAGAUGAAUUCCUGGCUGAAUUCCUGUGAUGCUGUGUGAAAUCUGUAUCAAAGAGCCUUGGGAGAAAGUGAGCUUAAUGUAUAGUAGCGCAUGGGCGCUUCAGUGGGAUGGAAAACUUUCCAUACUCCAUACCAAUGCAUUACUAUUUUUCAGACAGGAAGUUCUCUUCUCCAGUUAAGUGGUUGCUACGGAUGCAGCAACCACUUGGUUUACAAUCAUGUGCCAUUGUUGUCGUUAUUGGCUGCUGCACCGGCGUCAGACAUACCCAUUCCCAUCAGGCCACACUGGUGUGUGAACGUAGCUUCAGUCCUCUUACUCUCAAUGAUCUUUCAUGUCUUUGUCAUUGUUUGUCAAGGCGUGGAGGUAGGCCAUGUACACUGGUGCUCUGCCAAAAUUUCCAGGUGGUCUCUGAACAAGCUUUUUUACAGCAAUGGUUCUCAAAGUAUGGUCCCAGUGUCAAUGGCUGCUGUCGAAAACAUUUCUUACGGCCCAAGAUAACAUGACAUACUAUCUGUAAAAUAAAUCUACAAGACUACUUAAAGCUAUUGUUAUGAAUGGAUACAAUGGAAUGGAUGGAAUGGAAUGAAUGUUAGAAUGAUAUUGUAGCGCCGAGCGGUAGCCAGUUCAAAGGUAUGACAGAGGCAGAAGAUACAGUUUCGCGUUUUCUUUUAUUUGCUGCCCUCUCACAGUCUAAAUAGGAAAAAACACUCAUAGUCCACUCCAGGGGGCCUUGGCGCUACAAUAUAAUUUAUAUAAAUGACACCAACGGUCCAUUCAGCCAAACAGUGUCACAUACUAUCUGUAAAAAACUAGAAAGCUAUUUAAAGCUGCAUUUAAUUAUAUAAUUGUAAUUUAGAAGGCCAUUGAUGGUCCACACAGGCAAACUGUAUCUUGGGAGAUGAAUGUUUUCUCAUUCAGUACCUACUGGAUCACGCCACCUGUGCUAUGUGUGGUGUCUGGUGUGUUAAAAUGACAUGUACCGUACUGUACUUUAGCCAUGUCAUUUCCUAGUCACAAAGGAGUGUGAUGAUGUAUCAAUUCAGGCAUUUUUAUAGUCCUGUUAGUCUCCUAUGGGUGAAUGGGUGGUGCAUGGGGAAUUGGCCUUUAAUCUUCAUGGAAAUCCUCUAUUAUAUGGAAACACCGCUCUAUAGAUCAGUGGUUCUCAAAGUGUGGUCUGAGGAACGCUGGUGGUCCCUGAGAUACCUCAAGCUGUCCAUGAGGAGAUUUUAACAAGUGUAGUCAGCAUUUCCAAGACAGGGUACAUGUAGCAUAGUAUAUUUGUAACAUUAUUGCAAGACUAAGCAUGUCUAAACUUGUUCUUUCACUACAAUAAGAAGAAACUGGGACGUGUCAUUUUUUAAUAUUAUAAAUAAGCUACUGUAUCUGGGUGGGUCUGCAUUUGUAGUGCCUAAACUGUUAGCGUGACCGAGAUUGUCAAUUCAGUUGGCACAUGUGGUCCCCCAAGAAAAGUCUGAAACACUGCUCUAGAUCAAUCACAAUUUUCUAGGAAACCUUUGUUUACACAUAUUUUUUUACACAUACGUACAUAUACACAGAGUGAGACAAUAUCCUAUUUGCACUGUGACUUUAUUUUGGAUGUGUUGUCAUGUUGUCAUAAUCAGAGACGUUAUCCUACUUGCACUGUAUGGCUUUACUAACUGUCUGAUGUACACCAUGCUUAAUCUGCCUACCAACCGGGCAGGUUCCCUACACCCAAAAAUCUACAAGUGCCUUGGGAAGCUUGAGCACUUUUCCUUCUGAAAUAUAAGUUCUUGUCUUCUUUCAAUCAGUGAUGAUCAGGGCCUGUCUUUUCCACCAGCCUUAAUGUUUGUUUUACUGCUCAUCCUGGACCUGAUUCAAACAGCAUUUAGCAGAAUGCAAUGUCACUUUUUGCUAGCUAGGGCUUUGACUGUGUGUUAAUAUUUAAUUUCAUUAUGUGGCAAUUUAAUUGUCAGUGUUCUUGUGGGCGGCAUGUUGAAAUUGAAAUAAAAGAUUUUUGUG